AAUGGGCAGUCCAAUCAAAUAUCGAAUACUGUCAGCCAGACACAGAUCACUUCUUCUUCGUGCUUUGUCAGAAUUACGGAAAAAAGAGUACCCGCAGCAGCUCCCCAAAUUCAAAUCUAUUAAAGUUUCUAAGCUAUCAGAAGAAGAAAAGAUUGUGGAUCAAGAAAUGGACCUCCGUUUUAGCAUGCCAGUGAUGAAAGUUCGUAUGCAUCUAACAUCCCCUACUCUGUUACUUCCCAAACUUAAAGAGAUAAAACCGGAAACUCACCCUCAUCCAACUUUCCGAUUAUGUCAUUUAAUUGAGAAACCCCAAGUUGAAGUCAUUCCUUUCAUAGAAAUGGCUGAGAAGAAAAAGGCUAGAGAACGUUGUGUUGUGGACUUUGGUCCACUUCUUAGUGUUGAUAGACAGUAUAAUAAAAAGGAAGAGAAGCGAAAGCGAGAAGAAAAAAUUGGACUUAUUGCCAUGAUCCAUCUUACUGAUGAAUUUACAAAUCAAAGUGUGCAGGAAUUUAUCCAAGAGAGAAUACUCUCAGUUAAAAAAAGAAACGAAGAAGAAAGCAAGAAAAUUAAAGAACAUUUGGAAAAUUUUCAAACAAAAAGAGCAACAGAAAUGAAAGAAUUCCAAGAAAGGAAAAAGAACUUUCUAAAAGAGAGACAACAGAAAAUAGAAGAGCGUACGUUGGUGGAAGAGAUCAGCAAUCAGCAUUCCACACUGACAAAGGAACUGUUUCAGUUUGACAGAUUCAAGAAGAGACAAGAUAUCCUGAAUGACAAAAAGGAAAUUGUGAAAAAAAUGAGGGAAAAUGAAAAACAUCGCCAGAGUUUAGUUAAAAAAAUGAAGAAAGGGAGGUAGGUCAACUUUUGAUAGCACUGCAGACUCGAUGUAUGAGGCUUGGAGGAUCAAUACUCUCUAGCGAUUGAA